AUGGAAAAUGCUCUUGAAGAAAGCGCUAUAACAUUUUUCUCUAAGAUGUAUCCCAGUUCUAAAAUUGACUUCGAGCCCAAACCAGAUGGUUCUCAGGCUGGGAUUAUGGUAAUGAUAACUUGCAAUGAUGAAAAGACAAAGUACUAUAUGAAAACUUAUCAUCAUUCCUGUCUUCCAAUGACUUUGGAAGAUAUAUCAAACCAAAAUAUGCCAGAUCUUCGCAAAAUGUUUGCAUACCGAGUUCUUGAACUUAUUGGAGUAGGACCUCUAGUAUUCUUUCCAUACUAUGCAGGCUCGACAUACUGUCCCUUCAUUGCUACUGAAGAAGUCUGUGAGUUUGAGGAGCUGUACAAACUUGAAGACGUUAGUUUGAAAAAUAAAAUAGUUGUUGAGGUAAUACAUUUUCAAUCAUUCUCCUAUUAA